UCAGAAGCACAGCCCCCGAGAAAAGUAGCAGAUUCUCUCCUUACUCCACCCCCUCCCCUUUCCCCUUCUUAUAGCUUAAUUAAUAAUUCCAUUCUCCUCUAUCCAAGCUCAAAAGCGUACAAAAACAAAAGCAUUCUUUUCCUUCCUUUUAAAAUAUAAAGCGAGGAGAAAAAGCAGCAGCUCUGUGGCUGUCACUCAUUCCCCACUUCCCUUCCAUGGAGUCCUAGUGAAUGGCUACUAAUCUUAGCAAUUCAUUUCUUUUGCUUUUCCCACAUUCCUCAAAAGGGUAGCUUUUUCUUUCUUCAAUCUUCACCUCUUACAUCUCAAACAAAACCCCACCCUACUGUCAACCACAGCCGCAAAACGAGCUACUUGGGUUUGGGUUACUGAUCUUUUUCUUUGCUUCUUGUUGCAUAUCUCAGACGAGGUGUGGGUCGGGUCGGUGGGAAUCUGGGAUUUUGUUUUCGAAGAAAAUGGGGAACGUUUGUUGGGUGUAUUUGGUGCUGGCAGUUUGUUUUGGGUUGUUUGUGAACACUCUAAGUCAGGGGGAUUCAGAUUCAGACGCAAUUACAGCUGUGUACAUUGUCACUCUUAAGCAAGUUCCUGCUGUUCAUCACUUUGAGGAAGAACUAAGAAGGAAGGGUUAUCAGGGGUUCCACCAUGGUGGUGCUUCAGGGAGAUUAAACAGGUUUCACAAACCAAGGAAUAAUUCAAGAUCUCAUCAAAAUUCUAGCUCUUAUUUUUCUCGAGUUCAUGAUUCUAUAUUGAGGCGGGCCUUGAGGAGGGAGAAAUAUCUGAAGUUGUAUAGUUACCACUACUUGAUAAAUGGCUUUGCUGUGCUUGUUACCACUGAACAGGCGGGCAAGCUUUCAAGGAGAAGAGAAGUUGCGAAUGUUGUUUUGGAUUUCUCUGUUAGAACUGCAACCACCCAUACUCCACAGUUCUUGGGUCUACCGAAGGGAGCAUGGUCCCAAGAAGGCGGAUAUGAAACUGCAGGAGAAGGAAUUGUGAUUGGGUUUAUUGAUACUGGCAUUGAUCCAACACAUCCCAGCUUUGCUGAUCAUGUAUCAGAUCAUUCGUACCCAGUUCCUGCCCAUUUUUCUGGGAUUUGUGAGGUGACUCGGGAUUUUCCUUCUGGUUCAUGCAAUAGGAAGCUUGUUGGAGCACGCCAUUUUGCAGCAUCUGCUAUAACAAGAGGAAUAUUUAAUUCAUCUCAGGACUAUGCAUCACCAUUUGAUGGUGAUGGCCAUGGCACGCAUACAGCUUCUGUUGCUGCAGGAAACCAUGGGAUUCCGGUGGUGGUAGCAGGGCACCACUUUGGAAAUGCUAGUGGGAUGGCUCCUCAUUCACAUAUUGCUGUUUACAAGGCUUUAUAUAAGAGCUUUGGAGGAUUUGCUGCAGAUGUUGUUGCUGGCAUAGACCAGGCAGCUCAAGAUGGGGUGGACAUAAUAAGCUUAUCGAUCACUCCCAACAGGCGUCCACCUGGUAUCGCAACAUUUUUCAAUCCUAUUGACAUGGCAUUGUUAUCAGCUGUCAAGGCUGGCAUUUUUGUUGUGCAAGCUGCCGGCAAUACUGGACCAUCACCUAAGAGCAUGUCUUCUUUCAGUCCAUGGAUCUUCACCAUUGGUGCUGCCUCUCAUGACAGAGCAUAUUCUAACUCUAUCAUCCUUGGAAACAAUGUGACCAUCCCUGGAGUUGGACUUGCAUCGGGGACGGAUAAAGAUGAAACGUAUACACUGAUUUCUGCACUUCAUGCUCUAUGCAAUGACACAACACUUGCCGAUGAUAUGUAUGUGGGUGAAUGCCAAGACUCUAGUAACUUCAACCCGGAACUUAUUGAAGGAAACCUGUUAAUCUGUAGCUAUUCAAUCCGAUUUGUGCUUGGACUCUCCACCAUCAAGCUGGCCGUACAAACCGCGAAAAACCUUAGUGCAGCUGGAGUUGUGUUCUACAUGGACCCUUUUGUAAUUGGUUUUCAGCUCAAUCCCACGCCGUUGGAAAUGCCCGGCAUCAUAAUUCCAUCCCCAGAUGAUUCCAAGAUUUUACUCCAAUAUUACAAUUCUUCAUUGGAGAGAGAUGGACUUACAAAGAAAAUUAUUAGAUUUGGGGCAGUUGCAAGCAUUUCAGGUGGACUGAAAGCAAACUACAGUGUAUCUGCUCCAAAGGUUAUGUAUUAUUCUGCCAGGGGACCGGAUCCAGAGGACAGUUUUCUAGAUGAUGCAGACAUAAUGAAACCCAACCUGAUUGCUCCUGGAAAUUUGAUAUGGGCUGCCUGGAGUUCUCAUGGCACAGACUCAGUUGAAUUCCAAGGUGAAAACUUUGCUAUGAUGUCUGGGACAAGCAUGGCUGCACCUCAUAUUGCUGGGCUUGCUGCACUGAUAAAGCAAAAGUUUCCUUAUUUCAGUCCUGCAGCCAUUGCAUCUGCACUUUCUACAACUGCUUCUCUUUAUGACAAGAGUGGUGGCCCCAUAAUGGCCCAGCGUGCUUACACUAAUCCUGAUUUAAACCAGUCUCCAGCAACACCAUUUGACAUGGGCAGUGGUUUUGUAAAUGCAACUUCAGCUCUUGAUCCGGGUCUGAUCUUGGAUUCCACUUAUGAUGAUUAUAUGUCCUUUCUUUGUGGCAUUAACGGUUCUGGUCCUGUGGUCUUAAAUUACACUGGUCAAAACUGUUGGGUUUAUAAUUCUACCAUUGGCAGUGCAGACCUGAACCUGCCUUCAAUCACCAUUGCAAAACUGAACCAGUCUAAAACGGUUUUAAGAUCAGUGACUAACAUUGCUGGCAAUGAAACUUACAAGGUUGGCUGGAGUGCUCCUUAUGGGGUUUCCAUGAAGGUCAGUCCAACUCACUUCUUUAUUGGCACUGGAGAGAAGCAGGUCUUGACUAUUAUCUUUAAUGCCACAAUGAACAACAUUUCUGCCAGCUUUGGGAGGAUUGGACUUUUUGGAAACCAAGGUCAUAAUAUCAGCAUCCCAUUAUCAGUUAUUGUCAAAUUUUCCUACAAAAGGACUGAUGGCUGAGGAUUUUUGCUGGGAGGGCGUUUUCUUCUUUUCUUUGCUGUGUUUUAUAAUCUGCCUUUCUUGCUUUCUUCUUCAGCUUCCAUGUUGUUAACCAAUUUUUUCAUUCAUUAUCCUGUAAAUGCCAAAUUAUUUGUAAUCUUAGAUAUACCACAAUUGAUUGAAUAAUCUGUAGUGGUUCAUUUUGGCCAUAUCCCUUUUUUA